GAGGACGUAGGACACUGGUUUGCGCGCUUCGCUCGUUUUGUUGUUGCACAAAAUGGUCGCUUGGAAGUGGUCGGCUUUAUUCUUGAUUCUAAGCUCUGCAAGCUGGAUUGUUUUCGUUGUCGGCUUCGGUUUGAGAAGUAACUGGAAUGCCGACACAGCAGCAGUUCGUGAGGAAAUGACGGGAAGCUAUUUGUGUUGGUGGCUGUUUGCUUGUGCUUGCCCGGUGUCCAUGCUGGCGCUGUUUUUCUACAGUGUUCGGACUGCAGACUGUGUUGGAGUGGUUGCUUUGUUUAUUACUGGCUUGGUCAUUGGAGCUGCUGGUGGUGUGAUGAAUGUUGAUGUGAGCUUGAUCUACAACCAUGAAACAGGAGACUCUAAUGUCUACACUAAUUUUGUGGCUGUUGAAGCAGCGGGGACUGCUGCGUAUGUGCUUAUCCAGGCUGUACACCUACCAUUUCUAUUUGCUGUUGUUACGAAACGUGUAAAUAGUCGGUACAUGACGUCAUUGUAAGUAGGGGUAGUAUGUGAAUACCCAUCUGUUGAGUUUCCGACUGUAUCGCAGAGUUAGCUGAAUUCUAUUUCCUGCGAAAGCUGACAAAAGAGAGUUAUUUUCAUGACUGAGACUGUUUGUUUGCUAUAAUAUAUAUGUAUAAUCUGUAUCUAAAGGAAAGUAGGCCCAUG